GGACCGACUACCGGUCCCCUGCCUGCCGCCAAAAUUCAAGCUAGAGGAUAGAAGAGACAGUUCUCCCUGUUGUCGGCUGUAAACACUGGGCGAAAACUUACUGCUACGACUUUUUCGUGCCUGCGGAGUCCGCGGAGAGGGAAACAUGCACAUCAAGUCUAUUAUCAUUGAAGGAUUCAAAUCCUACGCACACAGGACGGAGAUCAACGGCUUUGACCCGCUGUUCAACGCCAUCACCGGACUGAACGGCAGCGGCAAGUCCAAUAUUUUGGACUCGAUAUGUUUCCUUUUGGGGAUAUCGAAUCUGAGCCAUGUGCGAGCCUCCAACCUCCAGGACUUGGUGUACAAGAAUGGACAGGGUGGCAUCACCAAGGCCACCGUGUCCAUUACCUUCGACAACUCCAACAAAAGCCAGAGUCCUCUGGGUUUUGAAACCCACGACGAGAUCACCGUCACCAGACAGGUGGUGAUCGGCGGCAGGAACAAGUACCUCAUCAAUGGAGUGAAUGCAAACAACACCAGGGUGCAGGACUUGUUCUGCUCUGUUGGCCUCAACGUCAACAACCCACAUUUUCUCAUCAUGCAGGGGAGGAUCACAAAGGUUCUAAACAUGAAGCCACCAGAGAUCCUUGCCAUGAUCGAGGAGGCAGCGGGAACCAGGAUGUACGAGUGUAAAAAGAUUACCGCUCAGAAAACCAUUGAGAAGAAGGAGGCCAAGCUGAAGGAGAUUCAGACAAUUUUGGAUGAGGAAAUCACUCCAACCAUGAAUAAACUCCAAGAGGAACGAUCCUCAUACUUGGAGUACCAGAAGCUGAUGCGCGAGAUCCAGCACCUUUCCCGGCUGUACGUGGCCUGGCUGUUUGUGUGCGCGGAGGAAACCAAACUGAAGUCGGCGGAUAACCUGAAGGUGAUGCAGGACAACAUCACCAAGAUGCAAGCAAGCAUGGCCGAGAACGAGAGCAAAGUCCAGCAGCUGUCGGCCCAGAUUCAAGAGCUGCAGAAGAAAAAAGAACAGGAGGUGAACGGUGUAUUAAAGUCCCUGGAGGAGACGCUAGCUGACGUGCAACGCGUCGACGCCAAAGCGCAGAGUGCGUUUGACCUGAAAAAACAGAACGUCAAAGAUGAAACCAAGAAGAGGAACGCGCUCGUGAAGACCAUGGAGGAGGACAAGAAAAUGCUCGUGGUAAAAGAAAAGGAGGUGUCCAAGUUGGCGGAGCAGCUUCAGGCCCUACAGGCGGAGGGGCAGGAGGACAGCGCGGCGCUGGACGCAGCAGAGCAGCAUUUCCGGGCGGUGUCUGCUGGCCUCUCCACCAACGAGGACGGAGAGGAGGCCACGCUGGCCGGGCAGAUGAUGACCUGCAAGAACGACAUGAGCAAGGCGGACACCGAGGCCAAGCAGGCCCAGAUGACCCUGAAGCAUGCUGAGGCCGAGCUGAAGACCAAACAGGCCGAGGUGAAAAAGAUGGACGGUGGCUACAAGAAAGACGAGGACAGCCUGCAGGCCGUCAGGAGCAGCAGGGAGAAAUUGCAAGCGGAGCUCGCUAAACUCAACUACGAAGACGGGAAGGAGGAGACUCUGCUGGAGAGAAGAAGGCAGCUGUCCAGAGAGGCCGCUCAGCUCAAGGAGACCUACGAGCGGCUUGUGUCUCGCUUCCCCAACUUGCGCUUCGACUACAAGGACCCGGAGCGCGGAUGGGACCGGAGCAAAGUGAAGGGGCUGCUCGCUAACCUGAUCACCGUCCGCGACGUCUCUUACGCCACCGGCCUGGAGGUGGUUGCGGGGGGUCGCCUCUAUAACAUCGUAGUUGACACAGAGGUGACCGGUAAGAAACUGCUGGAGAAGGGAGAGCUGCAGCGGAGGUACACCAUCAUUCCCCUGAACAAGAUCUCUGCCAAGACCCUCAACGACCGAGUGGUCAACGCCGCCAAGAGCCUGGUGGGAGAGAACAACGUCCACGCAGCGCUGUCCCUGGUGGGCUACGAAGCCGACCUGCGUAAGGCCAUGGAGUACGUGUUCGGCUCCACGCUGGUGUGCGACACCCUGGACAACGCCAAGAGGGUGGCUUUCGACAAGCAGGUGAUGACCAAGACCGUCACUCUCGGAGGGGACGUCUUCGACCCACAGGGGACUCUGAGCGGAGGCGCUCGCUCCCAGUCGGCAUCCGUCCUGUCCAGCCUACAGGAAUUAAAGGAGGUUCGUGACAGCUUGAAUGAAAAAGAGAACCAGCUUCGGGAAACUGAAGGACAACUGGUCAGCCUUAAGGGAACCGCGGAGAAGUACCGUCAGCUGAAGCAGCAGUACGAGCUGAAGGUAGAGGAGGAACAGAUUCUGCAGACCAAGCUGCAGCAGAGCUCCUUCCACCAGCAGCAGGAGGAGCUGGAGAGGCUGCGCAAGGCCAUCGACGAGAGCAAGGAGACUCUGCGCGUCACCAAGGAGGUGCAGAAACGGGCGGAGGAAAAGUACAAGGUGCUGGAGAACAAGAUGAAGAACGCCGAGGCGGAGAGGGAGAAGGAGCUGAAAGCCGCCCAGCAGAAGCUCAACGCGGCCAAGGCCAAAGCCGACGCCUUCACCAAGAAGCUGAAGCAGAAGCAGCAGGAGUCCGACGCCGUGGCCCUGGAGCUGGAGGAGCUGCGGAGGGAGCAGACUGGCUACGAGCAGCAGAUCCAGGCUGUGGAUGAAGCCAUGGGAGCCAUCAAGGAGCAGAUCGACAGCAUGGCCUGCACCGUAUCCCAGAACAAGGAAGCAGUGCUCAAAGCCCAGGAGGAGCUGGCCAAACAGAAGGAAGUGAUCAUGGCUCAGGACAAAGAGCUCAAGUGUAAGAGCACAGAGGCCAAUAAAAUAAGGGAGCAGAACAACGAGGUCCAGCUGAAGAUCAAGGAGCUGGAACACAACAUUAGCAAACACCGCAAAGACAGCCAGGAAGCCGCUGACAAGGUGUCUCGGAUGCUGGAGGAGCACGACUGGAUCCAGUCGGAGCGGCAGUUCUUUGGCCAGCCCAACACCUCGUACGACUUUAAGACUAACAACCCCCGUGAGGCUGGUCAGCGGCUGAAGAAGCUGGAGGAGACCACGGCCAAGCUGGAGAGGAACGUCAACAAGAGGGCCAUGAACAUGCUGAACGAUGCCGAGGAGAGGUACAACGACCUGAUGAAAAAGAAGAGGAUCGUGGAGAAUGACAAAGCCAAGAUCCUGAAGACCAUCGAGGAGCUGGACGAGAAGAAGAACGAGGCUCUCAACGUGGCGUGGCAGAAGGUUAACAAGGACUUUGGCUCCAUUUUCUCCUCUCUGCUGCCAGGGGCCACUGCUAAGCUGGCGCCGGCCGGCGGAGUUCUCUUGGAAGGUCUCGAGUUCAAGGUGGCCCUGGGCGACACCUGGAAGGAGAACCUCACCGAGCUCAGCGGAGGGCAAAGGUCCCUGGUGGCCUUGUCCCUCAUCCUGGCCAUGCUGCUGUUCAAACCGGCGCCCAUCUACAUCUUGGACGAGGUGGACGCCGCCCUGGACCUCUCGCACACGCAGAACAUCGGACAGAUGCUGCGCGGCCAUUUCAGACACUCCCAGUUUGUGGUGGUGUCCCUGAAGGACGGCAUGUUCGCCAACGCCAACGUCCUGUUCAAGACCAAGUUCGUGGAAGGCAUGUCCACAGUGUCGCGGACGGCGCUCAGCCAGAGCGACAGCAACCUUUCCCAGAAAAGCCGGGACAAAGCUCGCCUGAAGGACAAGAGGGUCAAACAGCUGAUCAGCUGAUCGACGAGUCAGCCAUCUUUCUAAAUACGCGCCGGUAGUGUCUCCUUAGAAACCAUAGCAACAAUCGCUCACGUGAACAUGUCCUCUGUGUGCUUUCCUAAAGGAUUCUUUGUGUAUUUUAAACGUCUGUACUGUCGGUUAUUCUGUCUCCUUUCAUGCGCUUCUGCCACACAUCACUUUUUAUAGUCCGCUAACGUAUCCAUGUAUUUUACUAAAUAAAGCAGGUUGAAAUAA